AUGGUAAUUGUGGGUUUGGAAAUUUAAUGGGACCAACCGGACCAGGAAAUUUAUUUAUUGCAGCAUUAAACACAUUUUUUUAUGAUGAUGCCAAAAACUGUGGACAAUGCUAUAACAUUUUUUCACCAUAUACCAAUAGAUCUGUAGUUGUUAUGGCUACUGAUCAAUGUCCAGGAGGAGAACAUUGCAGUAAUAAUAAUUAUCAUUUUGAUUUAUCUCCACAAGCAUUUGAUGUACUUGGAGCAAGAAGUAUUGGUGUUUUAAAGAAUUUAGAGUUUUAUAAGGUACCAUGUCAAGUCGAUGGCAAUGUUAAAAUUAUGAUGAAGGAUGGAUCAAACGACUAUUGGACUGCAUUCUUAAUUUUUAAUUCAGAUAUCGGAAUUAAGCAAGUAUCAGUUAAAAAAACUGGAUCUGACCAAUUUGUUAAUUUAAAGUUAUCUGAUUACAACUAUUGGAUUUCACCAGAUAUGAAACCAGGUGAAUUUGAAGUACGUAUUGAAUCUCUUGGCGGUGAAUUUAUCAAUACCAAAAUAUCAGCCAUAGAAAGCAAUAAAAUUGUCGAUACCCAAACAAAAUUCACUACUGCCGGAUGUGUUGAUGCCGAUAGCUCUGCAUUCGCUGAACUCCCAAAUAGCUCAUCAAAACUAUCAUCAGCUUUAUUCUUUGUAUUAUCAUCUAUUAUUUUAUUUAUUUUUUAAAUAAUGUAAAAUACAAAUGUAUUUUUAAAUAAAAUUUAUUUAACUAUUUAUUAGAAAAAAAAAGU